AUGUUUGCAACGUCAUACAUUCAGAUUGUCUGCUGGGAAACGUUCGCCGAGCGGAUCACCCAUAAAUUACGCCAAAUUUAUCUGAAAGCCAUUCUUCGGCAGCAGAUCUCAUGGUUUGACGCUCAGCAGACAGGGAAUCUCACAGCUCGUCUCACCGAUGAUCUCGAACGUGUUCGUGAAGGCUUAGGCGAUAAACUCUCGUUGUUUAUCCAAAUGGUGUCCGCUUUUGUGGCCGGUUUUGGUGUUGGAUUCGCGUACAGUUGGUCGAUGACGCUCGUGAUGAUGGUCGUUGCACCGUUCAUUGUGUUCUCGGCUAGUUGGAUGUCAAAAAUUGUAGCUACGAGGACCCAAGUCGAACAGGAAACCUAUGCUGUCGCUGGCGCCAUAGCCGAAGAAACAUUUUCAUCCAUACGUACGGCAGCGUUGGAAAAAGGGCGUAAGACAGGACUUGUCAAAUAUUUCUACAUGGGUGUUGGUGUCGGAUUUGGUCAGAUGUGUACUUAUGUGUCCUACGCUUUGGCUUUUUGGUACGGUAGCACACUGAUCAUUAGCGACCCAACGCUGGACCGUGGCCGCAUUUUCACCGUGUUCUUCGCAGUAAUGUCCGGCUCAUCAGCUCCUGGGCACCUGCCUCCCAUAUCUGAACACUAUAUCGAUCGCUCAAGGUGCUGUUCGGAAAGUGUGCUGAAAGUGAUCAACAGCCGCCCAAAAAUCGAUCCAUAUUCACUAGAUGGAAUUGUACUGAACAAUAUGAGGGGAUCUAUUCGCUUGAAGAACGUACAUUUCUCUUAUCCUUCAAGAAGUACCCUGCCGAUAUUGAAAGGCGUGUCCUUGCAAGUGGCAGCAGGCCAAAAGAUCGCUCUGGUGGGCAGUAGUGGCUGUGGAAAGUCGACGAUUGUCAAUUUGCUGCUGAGGUUCUACGAUCCGACUAGAGGAAAGGUAACCAUAGAUGACAUUGACGUUUGCGAUCUCAACGUUCACAAACUUCGUGAACAAAUCGGUGUUGUUAGUCAGGAGCCAGUACUAUUCGAUGGGACAUUAUUUGAGAAUAUUCGAAUGGGAUAUGAGCACGCCACUAUGGAAGAGGUCCAGGAAGCUUGUCGU